CGGGUAGUCCUGUCACCGGGCAGUCCGGUUCUGAGCAAGUGCCUUCGAAUAUUGGGAAUGCAGCUGCCUCGACUGCCCAGGCACGUCCUCAACGGCCUCAAGUAUGUACGGUUUCCACAGAGAAGAACACGGAGCGCUGGGGGGAGGAAGAGACGGGAGCCCUUAAAGUUUGCAAGAUUCACAAUGAGAUCAAGGUGUUGUUGAUGAGUGAGGAGACGGAGGCAUAUGGGCGGGCGAGAAUAAAACACAAGGGUUUUGGAAGAUGGUGGAAGAUUGGAUUACUAGGGGGAAGGGGUUUCACUGUGAUCAUGAGCAAUGCAAAAACAAGUUUCAUCAAGUGUAUGACUACUACAAGAGGUUGAAGGCACAUGAGAGGUGGUCCGGUCUUCCCAGCUAAUGGGACAUGAAUGCCACGAGACGGAAGGAGUACCAUGUUGAUUUUGUGCUCUGGCGCAGUUGGUACGACAUUAUCGACCCCGUCGAGAAGGACUUGGACACCAAUAACUUGUCACAAUUGAGGGACCCUGGUGCAGAGCAGGAGCGAGAGGAGGGAGAAGGGAUGGCAGACGGAGAAGGAGACGCGGAUGGGGUGAGUGACGAAGCGGUCGAAAGGGGAGGUCGGGGACUGUCAGGAGGUUCGCGGUCGACUGCAUUUGAUCCCAUGCUCGGGAAGCACAAACAAACGAACACGAAUGCCCGUGAGUCCAGUGUGCGGGCUGUGACUGGCGCAAUGCGCGAUCACACGCAAGCAUUGACACGUUCCGAUAGAGACUGUACUAUGAGGAUGCGUUGUGAAGCCACACGUGACAUUGCUCGCCAGCAAGCGGAUGUCCAGAGAGAACUGAUCGAGCACAACAUUGCUGCUCACGAGAGGAUAGCGGGCUCCUAUGGUGAGAGGGUGGGGAAAGGAUGCCUUACGCUCGUGGAUGCGAUAGGACUCAGUCCGCGGUGCCAAGGAGGCGCAGCUCUGCUGACGAGUCGCCUUCAUCAGCAUCUGAGUAGGAAUUGAGUGCUGAUUCUGCUUUAGGACCUGGAGGUCUGAGACUCUGAGGACAUCAUUUAUGAUAAUUUUCACGGGUUUACACAGUCGGGGGGGGGAGAAGGUGUUGAUUUUGUCUAUUUUCAAGUUAGGAGCUGUUUUUUUGGUACUUGUUUGUCCCUUCGAUGAGCCUGGAUUCAUUCCAUUUAUCCACUGACAUGCUUGUACACAAGUUUUAGAAGCUUAUCCCAGGUGUUUUUUUUUUUGUUUUUUUUUUUUUUAAUUUUAUUUUUAAACAAAACACCCCCCAUUGG